AUGAUUCAUCAUCAAAACAAGAGAAUUGUAAAAAUGAUGAAUAUGUUGUUCUUUGUUUUUUAUUUGGCGACUAGCACUACUGUUUACACAGUUGAUAGUUUGCAACGCAUGUCGAAAGAUGAUUUAGAGUUGGAGAGACAAUUAAGUCUCAUUAACAAGUCUCCUAUCAAGAGUAUUCAUGUCGAGGCAGGGUACAUAGUUGAUUGUGUUGAUAUCUAUAAACAGCCGGCUUUUGAUCAUCCCUUGUUACAAAAUCAUAAAUUGCAGAUAAAACCAAGUUUUGAAAGAAAAAAUAGUCAAACAAGUAUGAAGAUUUCGCCAACCAAAUCCCUUUAUGGGCUCCAGAAAGUUAGUUGUCCAAAAGGAACUGUUCCUAUUCGAAGAGUCACUAAAAAUGAUCUCAUUCAAGACAAAUUCAAUGAUCGUAAACUAACUCAAAAUAGCUUUCGCACUAGUACUGCUCAUGUAUUUCUUCGACCUUCCGGUGGUCCUUACUAUGGAGUAAAUGGAACUACUAGUGUUUGGCAUCCAAGUGUUGUUAAGGGUCAAGAAAGUGCAGGGCAUUUAUAUGUCCAAAAUGGAAAUGGAGAUGGUACUAAUAAAAUUGUAGUUGGAUGGCAUGUAUUUCCACAAUUAUAUAAUGAUAAUUAUACACAUUUAUACACAUAUUGGAAGUCAGGUAAUGCAAAUGGAUGCUAUAAUAUAUUGUGCAGCGGUUUCGUUCAGACCGCCCAAAUAUAUUUUGUUGGUUCACGCAUACCACAUACAUCAGUCUAUCGUGGCACUAUGACUGAGUUGCCAAUUUCUCUUGUUCAGGAUCCAGCAAGCAAAAAUUGGUGGUUAUCUGUGGCAUUUAAGACAAUUGGAUAUUUUCCAGCACACUUGUUCUCUAACUUGAAAGAAGCUGAUGAAGUGGGAUGGGGUGGGCUUACAGUAACUCCUUCGGGUACUGAUAGUCCUGCGAUGGGAACAGGAGGUCUCCCAAAUGGUGAUUUUGGUUACGCUUGUUAUUUUAGGAACGUUGCAUAUCAAACCGUAUCCAGAAAAUUUAUUGGACCCGCAACAAGUUUAGCAGCCACAUUAAACGAUUGCCCUAAUUGCUAUAAUGUUCGCUACUAUGGAGAUAAAGGAGGACAAUUUGGAUAUUCUCUUCAGUUUGGAGGACCUCCAUGUUACUGUGGAAAGUAA